CCUCCUCACUUCCAUCCUGACUGAAGUCUGUGGCUCUGAUUCCACACCUGAGGGACUCAGGAUGCUGCUGCUGGGAGCUGUUCUACUGCUACUAGCCCUGCCCAGUCAUGGCCAGGAAACCACUGAAGGGCCUGAAGUCCUUCCCAUCCCCAAGGGGGCCUGCGCAGGUUGGAUGGCAGGCAUCCCAGGGCAUCCUGGCCACAACGGGACCCCAGGCCGUGAUGGCAGAGAUGGCACCCCUGGUGAGAAGGGUGAGAAAGGAGAUCCAGGUUUUGCUGGUCCUAAGGGUGACACCGGUGAAACUGGAGUGACUGGGGUUGAAGGUCCCCGAGGCUUUCCAGGAACCCCAGGCAGAAAAGGAGAACCUGGAGAAAGUGCCUAUGUAUACCGCUCAGCAUUCAGUGUGGGACUGGAGACCCGGGUCACCAUUCCCAACAUUCCCAUUCGCUUUACCAAGGUCUUCUUCAAUCAGCAAAACCACUAUGAUGGCACCACUGGCAAAUUCUACUGCAGCAUUCCAGGGCUGUACUAUUUCUCCUACCACAUCACAGUUUACUUGAAGGAUGUGAAGGUCAGCCUCUACAAGAAGGACAAGGCCGUGCUCUUCACCUAUGACCAGUUCCAGGACAAGAACGUGGACCAGGCCUCUGGCUCUGUGCUCCUCUAUCUGGAGAAGGGUGACCAGGUCUGGCUCCAGGUGUAUGGGAAUGGAGAGAACAAUGGGGUCUAUGCAGAUAAUGUCCAUGAUUCCACCUUCACAGGCUUCCUUCUCUACCAUGACAUUGAAUGAGCGCCACUAACUCAGAGCCUCAACCGGGCCAAGCAGCCCGAAGUCAAAGAACAGUCCACAGGUAUUCAGUGUAGUUAGGAGACUGAUUUUAUUAACUAGCUGGAGGACUCUGAACGUUAUUCAUUCAUCAAGUGCCUUUCCAAAAAAUCAUAUACCGUGUUCCCAGACAGUCCAGAGGAAGACACAUCCCUUGGCCUCAAAAAUCUAUUAUGUAGUGGUAAUACUAGAAGGAUGGUGACAUCUACUGGGGAGUUUCAAAACAUGACAAGAUAACCAACUACAAGAAAGUAUUUGACAGUGCUAUUCUGUGCCCAGUGUUUUGCUUAUGUUCAUGCCAAUCCUGUGAAGUACACAGGAAAGAUACUAUUCUCCUCUUUUUACACUUGGGGUCCUGAGGAUGAGAGAGUUAAGUGAAUGCCUAA